UCUCUCUAAUUGUAUUUGUAUUUUCCCUCCUUAAUUUAUUUAUUUUUGAAAAAGUUUCAUUUAUUCUUUCUUUUGCGGCUAAGACUCAUGUUCCUCUUCCUGUAUGGCACUUUAAAUACUCCCCCAUCACCUUCAACAACUCCAUCUCUUUCCCCCUCUUCCAUAUUCCAAUCCCAAAAUGCUUCCUCUAACUUCCCCCUGCUUUGCACUCUGUGCAUUCCUCUUCUUCUUCUCCCCCACCGUCUCCGCUGAAAAUCCCUACCGCUUCUUCACCUGGAAUGUCUCCUACGGCAACAUUUACCCUCUCGGCGUUCGCCAGCAGGGAAUACUCAUCAAUGGCCAAUUCCCUGGCCCUGACAUCCACUGCGUCACCAAUGACAACCUCAUCAUCAAUGUCUUCAACAGCUUGGACGAGCCCUUCCUCAUUUCCUGGAACGGAAUUCAACAGAGAAGAAACUCAUACGAAGACGGUGUUUAUGGAACAACGUGCCCAAUCCCUCCAGGGAAGAACUUCACGUACAUUCUGCAAGUAAAGGAUCAGAUCGGCAGCUUUUACUAUUUCCCCUCUUUGGCCUUCCACAAGGCCGCCGGCGGUUUCGGCGGCAUCAGAAUCCUCAGCCGCCCCCGGAUCCCGGUCCCCUUCCCCGAUCCCGACGGCGACUACACUGUCCUCAUCGGCGACUGGUACAAGUCCAAUCACACGACCCUGAAGGCUCAUCUGGAUCGUGGUAAGAAGCUUCCAUUUCCGAAUGGAAUCCUCAUCAAUGGCCGUGGCAAUGAUACCUCUUUUAGCGUUGAACAAGGAAAAACAUACAGGCUGAGAAUUUCAAAUGUGGGGCUGGAGCAUUCCCUCAACUUCCGAAUUCAAGGUCAUAAAAUGAAGCUUGUAGAGGUGGAGGGAACACAUACCCUUCAAACGACCUACUCGUCGCUCGAUGUUCAUGUUGGUCAGUCUUACUCUGUGCUCGUCACGGCUGAUCAGCCAGCUCAGGACUAUUACAUUGUCGUCUCCACUCGCUUCACUUAUCGGGUACUCUCCACCACUGGCAUUCUUCAUUACAGUAACUCUGCUGGCCCUGUCAAAGGCCCCCCUCCCGGUGGUCCAACAAUACAGAUCGACUGGUCCCUCAACCAAGCCCGGUCUAUUAGAACCAAUCUUACAGCCAGUGGACCAAGGCCAAACCCACAAGGAUCUUAUCACUAUGGUCUCAUAAACACAACCAAAACCAUCAUACUUGCAAGUUCUGCUGGUCAAGUCAACCGCAAACAAAGGUAUGCAGUUAACAGCGUAUCCUUCAUCCCUGCUGACACUCCCCUGAAACUUGCGGACUUCUUCAAAAUUGGUGGGGUUUUUCGUGUCGGAAGCAUCUCCGAUAGGCCCACCGGUGGAGGAAUCUACCUCGACACAUCCGUGAUGGGUGCAGACUAUAGAGCAUUUGUAGAAAUUGUGUUUCAAAACAAUGAGAACAUUGUCCAAAGUUGGCAUAUUGAUGGCUACUCUUUCUUUGUGGUCGGCAUGGAUGGAGGCCAAUGGACACAGUCUAGCAGAAAUCAAUACAAUCUCCGAGAUGCAAUCGCUCGUUGCACAAUUCAGGUCUACCCUUUUUCGUGGACUGCAAUUUACGUGGCCCUCGAUAAUGUAGGAAUGUGGAACGUGAGGUCGGAGUUUUGGGCAAGACAGUAUCUCGGACAACAAUUCUACCUCCGCGUCUAUACGCCAUCGACUUCACUCAGGGAUGAGUUUCCCAUUCCAAAGAAUGCUCUUCUGUGUGGCAGGGCAAGCGGUAGACACACUAGACCGCUCUAAAUCAGUAGCCGUUCCAAAUACUUAGACACCCCACAAGGUAGUUAAAGUCUAUCUUAGCUUUAAUAUAUGAUGAAAAAAAGCAAGGUCUCUUUGCUUUCAUAUUGUUGUAGACAGGAAUAUCUACAGUUAGACUAUCUAUAGUUAGACUGCCUGGUCCUCCAGUCGACCCCAGCUCGGGGUCAGGUCACAUUCUUUCUCUAGAUAUCAUUCCAUUGCCUUGCCCAUUUGGUCAUCUUCUCUCUAUGAUAUUGUUACCUGUCAAUGUUAUUUAAUAUCAGAUUGUUUCGCUUUGAGGUGUGGAUAAAAUCUACCAUUCCAAAAUAACAUGUAUUUCGCAUAAUUUUCUUGUUUU